AGGGGCGCGGAGGGCGGUGCGUCCCGUCCCCCCGCCGCCUCCUCCUCCACCACCUGCUGCCGCUGCGCCAGUAGCCGGCUGGGGGGAGCCGCCCGCCUCAUCCCCGCGGGGCCCCUUUGUGCCGCUGCUCCAGAGCUGCCCUCAGCCAGGCGGCGGCUGCGUCACGGCCCAGGCGCUGCGGCCGCCCAGAGUCACCCCGCGGAGGCAGAGCCGCCACCUCGCUCCCCGCUCCGCCAUUGCUGCGCGGGCCGCGGCCGAACGACGCCUCACCGCCCCCUGAGGAAGGGCCGGGAGCCGCGGCGAAAAUCCCUCUAUCCUGGAAGAAUGGUGAAACUGGGGAAUAAUUUCAGCGAGAAGAGCACAAAGCAGCCCCUUUUGGAGGAUGGAUUUGACACCAUCCCCCUGAUCACACCCUUGGAUGUCAAUCAGCUCCAAUUCCCACCUCCUGAUAAGGUUGUGGUCAAAACGAAAACAGAAUAUGAACCUGAUCGCAAGAAAGGAAAGUUCCGUACUCCUAAAAUAGCUGAAUUCACAAUCAGCAUCACUGAAGGGGUUUCAGAAAGAUUUAAGGUAACUGUGCUGGUCCUUUUUGCCCUUGCGUUCUUAACAUGUGUUGUAUUUCUGGUAGUCUACAAGGUUUACAAGUAUGAUCAUACCUGUCCAGAAGGAUUUGUUUUCAAGAAUAAUCAAUGCAUUCCAGCUGGGUUGGAAAACUACUACUCUGAACAAGACUCCAGCGCUCGAGGGAAAUUUUACACGGUCAUAAACCACUACAACCUGGCCAAACAAACCAUCACGCGCUCAGUGUCCCCGUGGAUGACGGUACUGUCAGAGGAGAAACUGUCUGAACAGGAGACUGAAGCCGCUGAGAAAUCAGCUUAGUAUGAUAAGCUAAUUAUUAACACUAUGUCAUUUGAGGGUAACUAAGGGACUUUAAGGAAAUUUUCAUUCAAUAUAAUUCUGGAUAAUUUAGAGGUUACUCAUGUUUAUGGUGCAAUUGCUUCUGUUUGCUGAUACUGCUUUGCAAACAAACAAAAAAACCAAAAAGACCAAAACAAAAAAUUGCUGCAGAACAUUCAUGGGCAUAAAACAAGGUGCAUAUCAGCAUUGCUUUAGAGCUUUGACACCAUUUUCAAUGUUAAAAAAAAAAAUCUGAUGUUAGGUAUGUUCUUGCAGUUUAUUGGAUACUGACAGAUUUCUUCGCUGGAUAUUCAGGGCUUGGACCUUAGACCAAGUGUUCUGUUGUCUGAACUGAAACUUCAUUUAUUAAUUUUUUUUUAAUUUUUGUCAUUUUGCAAACUGAAACACCCCAGCCAUAACUAGAGUGAUCUCUUGUUUAGCUGAAAGCUGUAUUUAAUACUUACUUUUGGCUCAAGCAAGAAUGCUAGUCAGCAUUGAUGUCAGGGGCAUGAUGUAAUAAUGACUUGUGUGGAGAAAGAAACUGUCAGGUAGCAUUUUUCUUACAUUUUCUUUACUGUUGUUUAUUUGUAAGUGAUAACGAAGUUCUCUGCAACAAGGCAUGCUCAAUGUUUAAUUAUUGCUGUCAACAGGAUUUAACUGCAUUUCCACCGUGGCUUUAGCAUCUUGGUAAGGAUGUGCACUGAAACACGAACUAGGUAGACAUUAUGGAAAAAACACAGACAGUUUUAGUGAUGGAUGGUGAGGGUAGUGUGCAAAAUACACGGUUCAGGAUGUUCUAGUGAGAAAUGACAUCUCUUGAUCAUAUUUAAGAGGCAGAAAGUAUAUUCACAGUAGAUGUUGUCCACUGUGUAAUUUGUUGGAUAUGGCAGAGGGAGUAAUAUGUCUGAAUUUUCUCUUUUACUACAUUAGCACUUUCCCUUUUUAUUAAAUAGAAAGAGCUUUCAGUUUAUGUAUGGUUUGCAGUUUAAUACUUUUUAAAACACAGAGCAUCACAAGUGAAACAAUAGGGUAUUAGAUAACACAACGGGCUGUUUCAAAGCUACAUGUGAAACUGAAUGAAGAGUAGAACUGUUCAUGUACGGCGUGGGAGGGGAAAAGAUGUAGAAGAGCAUAGUAUUGUGGAUGCACGUUAACGUUCCAUUGUAAUUACAGACUUCUCUAUGUGUGAAACCAUGUUUUCAUUUUUAUUAUAAAUCUUAAAUAUAUUACAAAACAGACAUCUUAUUAAUUUAACAGUUAGACAAAAUAAGUGUGUGAAGCAUCUGGGCAAGCAAGUCACCUUUUUUCUUCAUGGAACUUGAGUGGGGCAAAGUGGAGUGGACAUGUCAAAAGUGCCAUUUUUUUGUACAGUCGCUACCAGAAAAAUGAAGGGAGAACAGCCGUAGGGGCUGUUUCUCAAGAUCUAUCGUAGAACAAACAUGGUCAGCUCUACUUUUAUUUUCUUGUCUAGUAGAGUUGCUUUAUCAAGGAUACAGUAAAAAUAACCAUCCUUAAGUCUCUAGGUUUGAUACAAAAUAUGCACUACACAGUAGUACCUGUAAAAGGCUUUUCUUAAGUCAUUAUGGUAUGUGGAAUGCAUAAAAAGCAAUAAAUUACGUGCCAAAUUUUCUUUAAAUUUUUAAACAUCAAGCUUACGUUAAGAUACUCAACACACACCAUGUUUGCGUUUUCUGAUGGGCAGAUGCUUUAUUGAGUAAUUAAUUCACAUGUAACUUUUGACAUCUUCACUCUGUGCACAGUGAUGACUAAGGAUGAUGCUGCUUGUUGCGUAUAAUGUAUAGAAAUACAUAUUUCAGAAGAGAGGUAGCAAACCACACAUUUCAUACCAACACAUUUACAGAGGACAUUCAGAUUUUACAAGAUGGAAAGAUCUGUUCCCAAGACUGUCCUACAUCGUAAUGACUCAUGAUACAUCUCCUGCCCUUAAAUUUAGGACAAUAACAACUUUAAUGCACAAGUAAAUACUGAUGAGAAACAACUUAUUUCUCUGUCUCAUAACAACAAGCAUUAAAAAAUACAAAGCUUUACAACCUAGGAGAAAGAGAUUGCUUAUGCUCUUGAAGUCAAAACCAUUUUUUCCUCUGAUUUAACAGAAGGAAGUUUAUUGAUUCUUACUUAUAGUUGGUUUUGAGACUUUUUUCUUUUUAGUUAACAAAUUGCUCCUAAUUUUAGUACGUUUAAGAGUUUGGCUUUAAUAUUUUCUAUCCUUUGGUUUUGUUCUGAUAUCCCAGAACACCCGUUUCAAUGCACAAUUCUCUUUUCACCUAGAAGUAAAGCUCUUCAGUUGACUUUUUAUCAUAAUCAUCAUUACUACUGUUAAAGCAACCUGAUCUGACUCGAAUUAAAGAUUAGAAGUAGAGCUCAUACAUGUGCAAAGUGAUCACCGUGUACUGAAGUGGUUUGAUUAAAUAAAAGCCUGAGACAGUGUA